CUUACACACAAAAAGCCUCAAACUUGAAGCACACCGCUCUUUGAUUUCCAUUUGCUCUUCCUUACUUUUUUUUCUGCUUUCACUUGAAGAUCCAAAAGCAUUCCACAAACCCAAGAAGUCUUUUUAUUCCACUCUACAAGAUAAACAAGAAAAACCCAAUCUUUAUCUACCUUCUAUAAGCAUAAUAAGUUAAUUUUUCCCUGUUUUUAUAGUGUUAAUCGCCUUAUUUAGAUUCUCCAAGAGACUCAUUUUCCAGCUCAAUUUUUUUUGGCUCAUCCGCCAAAAUCUUUGGUCUUAUUGUAUUUAUUGCUUUUGAAAAAGAAUCAAAAUUUCUGUUUUUCAAUUUCUUUUUUCUCUGUUAUUAUAAAAAAGUUGUUAAUUUUCGCCUCAAAACUUGACUAACUAGCAUUGGCUUUUGCUUUUGAACUUAAACUUUUGAUUUCAAACCAUUUUCUUUGGGAUUUCUAAUAAGGCUGUUUUGGUUGUUGAUCUUGAUAUUUUGGUGAAAGUUUUUCCUUUUUUGAACAGUUUUGUAGUCUUGGUAGUUCUAUUUUUGUGGAAAUUUGGUCUUGGCAUUACUGAAUUUUUUUUUUCUGUGAUCUUUUUAUUUGGCUUUUAAGUGCAAAGUCAAAUUGGUUUCUCCUUUUACUUUCGUCGCUUCCUGUUAGAUGCUCUUGCCAAUUGUUUUCUUUCCAAGGUUUUUAUGCUAAGAUGCAGCCUGAUCAGAGAAGAAAGUCAGCUGUGGAUGUAGAUUUUUUCACCGAAUAUGGUGAGGGGAGCAGGUACAGAAUAGAGGAAGUAAUUGGUAAAGGAAGCUAUGGUGUUGUUUGUUCUGCAUAUGACACACAUACUGGAGAAAAGGUUGCAAUUAAGAAAAUCAAUGAUAUCUUUGAACAUGUAUCUGAUGCCACCCGGAUCCUCCGAGAGAUUAAACUUCUCAGGCUCCUACGUCAUCCAGACAUUGUUGAGAUCAAGCACAUCUUGUUACCUCCUUCGAGAAGGGAAUUUAAAGAUAUAUAUGUAGUAUUUGAACUUAUGGAAUCUGAUUUACACCAGGUUAUCAAAGCAAAUGAUGAUUUGACCCCAGAACACUACCAGUUUUUUCUUUAUCAGCUUCUUCGAGGCCUCAAAUACAUUCACACAGCAAAUGUUUUUCACCGGGAUCUGAAGCCCAAAAAUAUCUUAGCCAAUGCUGAUUGCAAACUGAAGAUCUGUGACUUUGGUCUUGCUAGAGUAGCUUUUAAUGAUACGCCCACUGCCAUAUUCUGGACAGACUAUGUUGCAACAAGAUGGUACAGGGCUCCUGAAUUGUGUGGAUCCUUUUUUUCAAAGUAUACCCCAGCAAUAGAUAUAUGGAGCAUUGGGUGCAUCUUUGCAGAACUUUUAACUGGGAAACCUCUUUUUCCUGGAAAAAAUGUUGUCCAUCAAUUGGAUCUGAUGACUGAUCUUUUGGGAACACCCUCUGCUGAAGCCAUUGCUAGGGUACGCAAUGAGAAAGCUCGGAGAUACUUGAGCAGCAUGAGAAAGAAAAAGCCCAUUCCAUUCUCUCAUAAGUUCCCUAAUGCAGAUCCUCUUGCACUUCGUUUGUUAGAAAGAAUGCUUGCGUUUGAACCCAAGGAUCGACCUACUGCUGAAGAGGCCCUUGCUGAUCCAUAUUUUAAGGGCUUGGCCAAAGUUGAAAGAGAGCCUUCUGCUCAACCAGUUACCAAGAUGGAAUUUGAGUUUGAGAGACGUAGGAUUACGAAGGAGGAUGUAAGGGAGCUCAUAUACCGUGAAAUUCUUGAGUAUCAUCCUAAAAUGUUGAAAGAGUAUUUGGAAGGAUCAGAGCCAACUGGCUUCAUGUAUCCAAGUGCUGUUGACCAUUUCAAGAAGCAGUUUGCUUUCCUCGAGGAGCAUUAUGGAAAUGGUACAACUGCAGCUCCUCUUGAGAGACAGCAUGCAUCUUUGCCAAGGCCUUGUGUAUUAUAUUCGGAUAAUUCCGUACAAAAUUCAACAGAUGUAACGGAUAACUUAACUAAAUGUUCUAUCAAGGAGACUGAGAAACCCCAUACAGAGAGGAGCUGUGGGAUCCCCAUGUCAAGGCUUCCUCUUCAAGUUCCUCAAAGCAUUCAAGCAGGAGCUGCCAGACCUGGGAAAGUAGUUGGAUCAGUAUUGCGUUACAACAAUUGUGGGGCAGCAGCAGUGGCUGAGACUCUUGAACAGCGAAGAAUGGUCCGAAAUCCAACAGUUCCAACUCAAUACACUGCCACAAACUGUUCAUAUCCCCGAAGAAAUCCAGUGUGUAAAAAUGAUAGGGGAGAAGAUGAAGUAGUUGAAGGCUCAAAUGGGUUGCAGCCAAAGCCCCAGUACAUGGCUAGGAAAGUUGCUGCUGCUCAAGGUGGAUCCGGAAGUCAGUGGUAUUGACCUAAUAUCAACUGCCAAUGGCUAACUUAAUGGCGGUGAGAGUUUAAUCUUGAAUUGGUCUUCCCACCGCUAGGAGUCAUGGGUGAAGCUAUAUUAUCCGUGCUCCAGCAGGGCUGGUUAAAGAAGACCAGACAAACUACAAGUUUAUCUAUGAGUUGUAAUUUAUACCACUAAUUUGAAAGAAUAGAUUAAAUGGUGCCUACUAUCGUUCACCUCAUGGUUUUGUGGUCCAGAUCAAUGACAAGCUAUAAGAUACGUGAAGUCAGAGAAUCCCGGAAAAGGAUAGUGAAGUUUGUUCUACUUACGUUCUCAUUCUUUAUUAAGUUAAGGUAACACCCCUUUCCCCCCAACUAGGGCUGCAACUCUAUGAUGAUUUCCUUCUUGUAUCCUUUUACUCACCUUUUUGUACCUGAAGGAAGGGCUGUUAUUUAUAUCUUUAACUUGAACAUGCAUUUUGAUUAAGAAAAUAAGUUGAUUGAUCUCUAAA